AUGCAGAGCGACGACGUCAUUUGGUCUGUGAUCAAUACACAGUUCUGCUCCUACAAAGUCAAGACAGCAACGCAGAACUUCUGCAGAAAUGAAUACAACGUGACGGGGCUGUGCAACAGGCAGAGCUGUCCACUGGCGAACUCGAGAUAUGCCACGGUCAGGGAGAAGGAGGGUGUCCUGUACCUCUACGUCAAGACGAUAGAGCGUGCACACUCCCCAGCGCACAUGUGGGAGAAGAUCCGGCUAUCAAACAACUAUACCAAGGCUCUCGAGCAGAUCGACAAGGAGCUCAUCCAUUGGCCGAACUUCACGAUCCACAAAUGCAAGCAGCGCGUGACGAAGAUCACCCAGUACCUCAUCAAAAUGCGCCGCCUCGCCCUCCGGCAACAACCAAAACUCAUCGGGGUGAAGAAAAAGCUCGACCGGCGCGAGGCCGUGCGCGAGCGCAAGGCCCUCUCCGCCGCGAAGCUCGAGCGCUCGAUCGAGGCGGAGCUCAUCGAACGCCUCAAGUCCAAGGCGUACGGCGACAUGCCGCUCAACGUCAACGAGGCCGUCUGGCAGGCGGUGCUCGACCGCGAGCGCGGCGUGGAGAAGGAGGGCGAGAAGGGCAGGGGCAGGGAGCUCGACUUGGUCGACGACGAAACGGACGAGGAGGACGAGGAGGAGUUGGAGGACGAGGAGGAGGGGUGGGGCGAGCGCGAGUUUGUAAGCGACUUGAGUGGGGAGGAGGACGAGCUGAGCGACUUGGAAGAUGUGGCGUCUGGCGAAGAGGACGACGAGGAGAGUGACGAGGAGGGGGAUGAAGAAGAAACCGAGGACGAAGAGGCGUCGAAGAAGGCGGCGCUUGGCAAGCGGAAAGCACCUUCAAAACCUCAGAAGCCACCAAGGAAAGGUCCGGAGAAGAAAGCGAGACGAGGACCCAGAGUCGAAGUCGAGUACGAGCAGGAGAUGGAGAGUGUGCCGCUCACCAAAGAGGCACUCGCAAACUGGUAG